UCUCCUCUGUCUCUCGUCUCUCCAAGACUCGAACCCACAGCCAUGGCGAUGAUUGACACUGCCUCGAGCUUCGCCAACUGGUCCGACGACCUCUACCACUACGCCCCCAGCCCGGGCCUGUCCCUCGGCGGCGUCGCGGACUCGACGAUCAUCGCCACCGCCGCGGCGCCGACGAGCCCGGCGUCGGCGGGGUCCGGCGACGGGAGCCCGAGCCGGUCGGCGGCCGGGGUCCUGGGCCCUCGGGCGGCGGGCAAGCCGUCGGCGGCGAGGAAGCGUGCGCGCGCCUCGCGCCGCGCGCCCGUGACGAUGCUCAACACGGACGCAGCCAACUUCCGCGCCAUGGUGCAGCAGUUCACCGGCAUCCCCGCGCCCCCCGCCGGCCCGUUCUCCGCCGGCGGCGCGCGGGCCAUCAACUUCGGCGUCCCCGACUACGGCUUCCCGCAGCAGCAGCAGCAGCAGCCGGCGGCCGUGUCCUUCGACCACCUCCACCAGCGGCAGCAGCAGUACACCGGAGCCGCGUUCGGGGAUUACGGCAACGGCACGCAGCAGGCCCUCUCCGGCGGCGUGUUCGGCCACGGGCUCGGCUCGGCGGAGGACAGGAUGUUCCUGCAGAGCCUGCAGGCCGCGCAGAUGCUGCCCGGGGCGCACGCAGCUAACAACGGCGCUAAUGGCUACUUCGCGUAACGAAGUGAUGAAAUGAGUAGAAACAGAGAGAUCGGUUGUGCUGUCUGAAUUUCUUCGCAUGUUUGUUCAAGGUAGAUCAUUUAUCUGAGCUGCACCGAUGUAAAUAUUAAGAUUUUGCCAGUAAUUGUGUCA